GGUCUGCAUCGUAAGUUGGUGUUGCGCUAAAGGGGAGCAGGACAGCUGGCUGAUAUGCUGACCUACCAAAUUUGGGAGGCCAUGCUGCAUCAAAAGACCGCCUGCGGAAGGCUACCGAACCAUAUCCUGGAAAACUGUACUCGGAGCACCGUUGUUUGAUGGGGCAGCCUUUGUUUGUGACCGGCCUGUUAUCACCAGUCUUACACCGACGGUUCACACAGUGCAGUGCCAGUUGGGCAUGGAGGAUCGGUUCAUUUCUGAUGGGGCACUGGCAUCGCCCUUGUCAGCUCACGAGUGCCAGAAGUUUGACGAAACUACAAGAGAGCAAGUGGGCCGAAGGGGUGGAACGGGCUAGGUAUACACCGACACCAUCACCGUCACGAGUCGCUUCCAAAUGCCACCCACAUCAUCAGCCUCUGGAGGAGAACCUCCAGAUGCUGCUUCCGGUAGAUCGGCGCUAGCCGUUGGACAAGCAACCAGGCGAGGUGUAGUGCUGCCGUUCACACCUCAGCGUUCCCCGCCAUCUUUGUCACCUGGUCGCCCCUCUCCCCCACUUGAUGAUUUGUCGGGGAUGUCCGCUCCGGCGCUGGAGAGGCAAGAAGAUGGCACAGCCGCCGCCCUUCAAACUACACGCCGUGCAGCUCCACCGGCUUUCCUGGCAGGCUGGACGUACCACCAAUCGUUCGAGCAGACGACCGUCCUUUUCUACGUCCCCGCGCCUCUGGCCGACGGCGCGGAAGGCACCGAGGAGGAUGUACAGGUGACUUUUGGAGAUGACUAUCUCAUUGCUGGGCUACGAGGCUGCGAGCCUGUCUUCAAGGCCAAGCUGGCUGGACACAUCAAUCGGUUCACCAGCACGUGGCAGCUAGAGCCGCGCGCUAGGUCCAGACGCAGGCUCAGGGAGAGGGAUAGAGUGAGCUUCCCCUCUAGUUCUCUCGACGACGACGGGAACAGUGUGUCCUCUUCCUCUGAACAUUAUCGACACAUGAAUGUUCGUCGUCAACCAACAGUGAGGACUAGCGAGGCUAACUCCAGUUCCAGCUCCGGCUCAGGUUCAGGUUCAGUUUCCAGUUACGACCUCAUUCAGCCUCUUGGCGCAUCUUCUUUACGCACUGGACAUUCACGCUGGCACGCUGGCUUGCACGAGCCGUCAGCAUCGUCUCCCAACAGCUUCAACCUCUCCAGCAGUGUCAGCUUCUCCGACGUCACAACGGACAGCAGCGUUGGCAUCACUUAUAACCAAAGCCAUGUGCCCAGCCCCGCCAGUCUCAGCCCUGUGAGCACGCCUGUGAGCUUUCGUAACGAUGGCGAACGCGGGCGCUCCGCUUCUGCCUCCUCGUUUGAGCGUCAGCAGCAAAGUGAGGCGCAGAGUCGAGAGAAUAGAGGAGCAACAAGAGAAGCAUCGGAGGAGGGCCCGCACGUGUACGCUCGACUCGUGUCCAUCUAUCUCGACAAGCUACAGCCGGGCAUUUGGCACCAGCUUGUUGUCGGGCCGGCACCUUUGCUCGAUGAUGAGAGCGAGCGGCAGCGCUCAGAGGCGGAGCUCAGUGCUGCGCUCCAAGAUGCUUUGUGCAGCCCUCAUGAAGAUUUACGUAGAGCGACUGCAGAGGAGGAUGCAAACGACAGCAGCCGGUUGACUAGAUCACGCACACGAGCACGCGCCGACACAAGCGCGGCUGAGAGCGUGGCUACGACAAUCGGCAGCGAUGACAGUGAGACCAUCUUGGGUUUUAGACCGCCUCUGCAGGUGCCAACAGCCAUGUCAAUGGAACAGACUGCGAUGACCACCCAGGAUGCGGGAGAUGACCCCGCAGCUGGCCACCCACGCCAAGCUGAGGAGCAUGCGCGAUACAAGUACAACAUGGAUGCGCAGAGCUUGGCGCUUAUCGGGCAGCAAGCUGCUUUACGACCUCCAACGCAAUUGAGUGGGCACUCUCGUCAGAACAGCAGUUCACCUUCGAGCCCAAUUGAACCAGUCUCCGCCACGCCGGAAGAGGAGGCAUUCGAAUACUUCAAGCGUGCGUGGGAGAAGGCCGACGUGCCGCUGGCAAUUACAAAACUCGUCGACUAUGUACCGUUGCCAAUUUCAGCCAUCAUAUCGCCCACUCCGAGCGACGAGGCUGCGAGCGCGAGUGCGCGAGCCUCCCAGAAUAGCGCAGCCUCAUCACCCGCUGAUCGCUCUAUUCCACCUUCGGUACCAGCCGCGUCGUCUCGUGAAGCAAAAACACACUGUUCCGCCGGAAGUGCAGCACGUCGGCAACGGCAGAAGUACGUCUUUGCGCUCGGUGGCAAUGCGCAGCUCGCACAGCUCUACGUUGCCUAUGCGCGUUUGCACCUUUCUAGCUCUUGGUCACCGCUCGCAUUCCCUUCCGGCUCGCUAAACAACCCCUUCGUCACGCGCUCGCAGCGGCAAGACUAUGGCUUCUUCGGUGCUGUAGCUGCCGGCACAAGCCACAGUCCUCCGGUUUCACUCUCCCAGGCUUCCUCUGUAGCUUCUAGCAACUACGAGCGAGCCUCAUCUCCAGACGCCAUACACGCUAGCGGCACAUCUAGCAACGGCAAUGGCAACAGCACUGGCGGAAACGGAAAUGGAAGCGGCUGUAUGCAUCGCGUGUCGUCUGCUUUGCACCAGCACGUCGGUCCACUCCCGUUCCUUAAGGAGGCUGUUCGGUUAGAUCCGGAUGUUUACAUUGACCCUGAAGACUGGGAAGAAGCUGCCGCGUUGGGGGAGACAGCGCUCGCACAGGCCGCAGCGGAUGCCGAAGCGCGGAAAGCUUUCCUAGAUGCCGCCCUCGCCCGCGAUGCCUCUUCGCCGCGCUUGAGUCAGCGCAGCCUCAGCGGAGGAAGCGAGCCGUGGGGUGAGGCUUCGCGUCUUGAACGAAGAAGGCGAAAGGAGAGCACGCGCAGAGAGCCGCGCAGACGCAGGCGUGGGGCGCGGGACCCCGACCAGGGAGACGUAGUCGUCAACUUUGUCUCCUCGGCAGCACUGCUGAGUGUCUGUCUCGCCGGUAGCGUUGCCGCUUUUUCGUGGUGGCGAAGGGUGAACGCAAACACACAGAAUUGAACCUCGCAUGCUUCAGUGAUAUAUCCAGUAAGAUCGCAUCUCUCAUGUGUAUUGAU